AAAUUGCAGCUAUCCAGUUUUGGCGAUUUUACGAUCGCUUCUAGAUCUCCUAUAGCAAGUACAUUACAAUUUAUAGAUGCAUUGUUACAUUGUAUCUCAUCUUCGGUCGAUGUUGCCUUCAUUGUAUAUUUUGGUUUGUUUUCCAUUGGAUCAGCUGAGCACAACUACAAAAUAUAAACAAACAUCAGUCAAAACUUUCAAGCUUUUCUUGUGAAAUAAUUGUAUUUCAUUAUGUGCAGUGUGUUAAAAUGCCGACGUAUCGAAAGCUUUUGUCAUUCACAAGCUACGGCAACACUCAGCUGUGUCAGACAAGCAAAAAUCAAACAGACAACAUUAUGGAAAGCGUUAAUACAGAACACGAUAAAGAUUCAUCUGCAGCAAUGUCAGCAGUGACGUCGAAAACUAAAGUCUUGGCUAUUGGAGAUUCAGAGGAAAGUUCAACCGACAAUAAGCGUAUAUCAAAGUACGAUCGUUACAAUUUUCAGGAGGAUUUUAAAUCGCAUUUGGGUUAUCUACUAGUAGGAACUCGUAGCCCCAUUGAUGUUAUCGACGAUUGGGAUAUUGUUUGGCGGUUUGGAGCUUCGGUGCAAGAGAAAAGCAAUCAUGUGAGACGCUACAGCUUUCAUUGUGUUAAGGGAAAUGCCUCGCCACCUGGAAUUCUUAUAAGUGGACCCGCUCUUUGUGGAAGCGAAGUUAUGGAUGUAGUUAGAAAACAACUGAAGGAAGAGAAUUGGGUAUCGGAUAAUGCGAUAGAAACGCCUUUUAAAACACAUUAUAGUAAAAAAUAUUACCACUGUGAUCAAUACAUUCAGCAUGUAGUGUCCGUUGCGCUGAACUCACAAUGUAAUAGACUAUUUCAAUACUUGUUGCACUUACACAGGAAUUAUGUGAAAAACAAGAAACAAUAAAUU